AUGUUCGCUCCUGUGAUUAGUCUGUUUGCUAUCGUGGGCGUUGCCAUGGUUGGAGGUUACGUGCUUGGCAUCUUUGUGCCGCCAGGGGAAGGUGAUUACGGCGACUUCGAGACCACUUUAGCAGAACGAGAGGCCCGGGAACGCGGUUGGCGCCGUGAUGUGUUGCGGGGCUAUGACGAGGAGACUUACGCAGCCGGAGUGGGCGAAGGCAGGCUCUCUGGGUCAGCUGUUUUUUUUAACCAGCCGGCCGGCCCUUUCGUAAAGGUGGAAUAUCCCUUCCGCAAGCAGCCGCGUCCAGAGUCA